UACAUAACAAUACACUAGGUAAUGUUAGCGUCUCGUAACCGUGUGUGCAGUGGUGACCCUUUAUAACACGUAUGUAAUACAAUCAGUGUACAUAUACCAACUUCAAGUCUAUAUGUUUGUCUCGUAUUUAUUGUUGGUAUACAAGACUGUUCAGCUAUGUACAGCUAAGGCUAUCUAGAAAUGGAGACGAAAAAGCAAACGAAAGAUCAGCCAAAGAAGGUAGAAAAGGAGGAAAAGCCAGAAGAAGAGGAACAGAAACCUAAUUUAACUAAAUCGUUGAUAAAGGAAGGCAGUUUGUCGUUAGAACUGUUGACCUUGCGAGAAGAUACCACGUUCCAUGCUGGGGACUUGGUCAAGUGUUUGAUACAACUACAGCUCACUAAACCUCUAUCAGUGAAAGACUUCAAGAUACAUCUAAAAGGUUACCUGAAAACCAACUGGACAGAUACGGUUGGGCCCAAGAGGAAAAACGAAUGUGGAGUUCACAAAGAAGUGGUACAUCUAAAGGAAGAAAUCAAAACUAAAAAGCCUUCUCAAGAUGGAUCCGUAACCUUUGGGAUUGGUUUCUACAGCCUUCCUGUCAAACUUGAUCUCCCUGAUGAUAUCGUGUCGUCGUUUGAGAGCAACCGAGGUUUUGUCCGAUAUUACAUAUCGAUUAGAGGCAUUGUGGAGGACAAACCUCUUCUUCUUCACCUACAAAAGAUCAAGGUCGUCGUUCCUUACGACCUAAGCAAAGAUCCACAGAAUAUGGUUCCCCUGAAGUUUAUUGAACAUCAAGAUGUGGUUGCGUGUUGUUGCUACCGUGGGAAACUGAAGGGGAGGCUACAAAUAGACAGAAGGGCUUACAUACCAGGGGAGUGUAUUACAGUGACCGGUAUGAUCACAAACCACACCAAAAAAGACAUGAAGUUCACCAAGUGUUCACUGACUCUGAAAGUGACUUACAUAAAAGACAAUUGGAAUCAGAAAUGCAAAAAGACUCUCCUGGCAUUCGUUAAGCAUGGACGAACGAAAGCUGGUGAGAACGAUUAUUGGGAGGAUGUCGAACUGAAAGUCCCAAGUCAUAUGCCACCAGUACUUCUCAACUGUAAAAAUAUACAGAUCAAAUACUUACUGAAGGUUGAAACUGAAAUGGCAUGGUCAUUUCCUUCAAAGCAUACCCUGUUCAACGUUGUUUUGCCAGUCGGUCAUAUCUCUGCUAAACCGCCAGAAGAAGAUGAAGAGGAAAAUGGACAAAACCAAGACGGGGAGAAGGAGGAUGAAUUGAUUGAACUGGAAGUUUAGUGAUUGUAUAUAUUUCUAUUGUUUGAACUCAUUCAUUCUUUGCUGCAAUAACUUGGGAAGUAUUGACUGCUAUGGUGACACCAAAGUGUUGACUCCUCUUAUCAAACGGUCUAAAAAUUGUAAAAUAAAAACUGUCGCCUGUGGUGGACCCUGUACAUUUUCGAAUGAAAACUUGUCAGCAUAGUGUAGAAUCCUGAGUCGUCAACCGUAUUGUUAAAACUUCUGUUGUCAGCGUAGUGUUGAAUCAACAUUUUGCAGCAGUGUAAGGAAUCUAAGUUGUUAGCACGGUGUUGAAUCAUGAGUUUUAAAAAUAAUGCUGAGUUUCGAGUUCUUCAACAAUAACAAAAUUUUAAAAAGAAUACUUUGGAAUAUGUGUAUAUGCAUUCGUGGAAUUGAUUUAAUUGUGUUCAUAAUAGUAAAAGCUGUAAAUCCUUUGUUGUAUUUAUAUGAAUAUGUGUCGUAAGUGUUUUAUGUCCGUGUAGACUACACUGAUUAUCAUUUAACAA